AUGUAGCAGUUGGUGCAUUUCUCUCCGAUUCUGCUGUGGUGCUGAGAACAAAACCAGUGAUAAUCGUUGAAGCUUCUUUAAAACAUUCUAAUUCAAUAAAUCGAACUAACUUAAACUGCAUGGAAAAUGACCAGCCUGCCAUCUGUAUGAAUUUGAAGAUAUGCUUUACCUAUACAGGACGAGAGGUACCUGGUUAUAUUGUACUGCUUUAUAAUCUGAGUGUUGAUGUGAACAGAAAAGCGGAUACACAAGCAAGAUUUUAUUUUUCCUCCAAUGGAACAUCUGAUACAAUCUCAGGAAAUGUAAAGAUUUACAGCAAGAACAUUACCUGCAAAGAUCAUCCAGCAUUUAUGAGGAAAGAUGUAAGGGAUAUCUUGACUCCUGUACAUGUUGAAGCAAGUUAUCAUCUGGGGCACCAUAUUCUACAGAAAAGAAAUGCUCAAGAAUUUUCACCACUUCAACCCGUUCUUCAACGGAGGAAAGAAAAAGAUGUUAUAAAAAGCAAGUUUGUUUUCGCAAGAUUUUGCUCCCAAGAAAAUUGUUCUGCUGACUUGAGAGUUUCUGGAAAAGUUGCUUUUCCAAAGCCUCAUGAUAAGAAAACAUAUCUUGCUGUUGGAAGUAUGAAGACUUUAUUGUUGAACAUUUCUCUGCUUAAUGUCGGAGAUGAUGCAUAUGAAACUGUCCUCCACAUUCAAAUCCCUAAAGGUCUUUAUUUCAUCCGAGUUUUAGAAUUGGAAGAAAAACAGAUACAUUGUGAUGUAUUAGAUAAAGAAAUUCACACAGUGAAACUUGAGUGCGGCGUUGGUUAUUUAUAUGUAGAUCAAAAGUCAAAGCUGGAUUUUAGUUUCCUCUUGGAUGCAAGCUCAUUUACCAGAGCAGAAGAUGACCUCAACAUCAUCAUUAAUGCUACCUGUAAAAAUGAAGAUGGGAACAUGUUGCUGGAUAACACGCUAACUUUAGUUGUACCUCUAAAAUAUGAGAUUGAGUUAAAUGCUCAUGGAUUUGUAUCACCAGCUUCAUUUGUUUAUGGAACAAAUGAGAAAGAUUCACCAGUUACGUGUAUGAAGGAGAAUAUCAACUUCACUUUUCAUGUUAUCAGUGCAGGACCAAGCAUGGCUCCAAAUACAAACUUAGAGAUAACGAUACCUAAUGCUUUUCCACCCAAUGACUUCAAAUUAUUCAACACAUUGGAUAUCAAGACAACAGUUGGACAGUGCUCCUAUAAUAAAUACCCCAGAAACUGUAAUGCAGCAGAAAAAAAUGAAAACAUAUUAAAGGAUGUUGUCACUUUCUUUUCAAAGCCUGCUAAGAGACAAAUGUACUGCAUGAAAAAUGACAGCCUUUGCUUACAAAUAUAUUGCAAGCUUGGAAACAUGGAAAGUGGAAAAGAAGCAACCGUUCAGUUGCAUCUGGAGGCUACUCCUUCACUUUUAGAAAUGGAUGAUGCAUCAGCAUUGAAGUUUGAAGUAAGAGCAAUAGCCUCCCCAGAAAAAAAUGCGAAAGUUAUUGAACUACACAAGGACAAGCAAGUUGCAUAUGUCUAUUUGGAAGGAGUGCACCACCAGAAGCCAAAAUACCGUGUUACUAUGCUAAUUAUUGGAAUAGGCUUAAUAGUUGGUGUUACCUUGUUUUUGCUUCUUUCAUUUAUAUUAUGGAAGAUUGGCUUUUUCAAAAGGCAAUACAAACCAGUCCCCCAAGACAAGAACAGAAGAGACAGCUGGAGUUUUACAAGUGGGAACAAAGAUGACUAAGAUGGCAAAUAAACAUUUGAUUUUAAAUUGAAGAAUUUAAGAUUCACGUUAAUUCACAGGAGAAACGUCAGGGACAAGAAAACUGGUCUUGAGCUCACUUGCUCUUACAAAAUACACUUUAUUUCCUUGAACUGUAUGGAGGACUACACCUUAGAGUACUGUUGUUUUUCUAAUAUGAAAAGGGUAAAACAGUUUUUGUUUUGAAGUCUCACAAUAAUAUUUGAAAUGCCAUAUAUAUAUAUAUAUCUGGUUUCAAGCAGCCAGAAAAACACUAAAGAUAAAGAGAAGAAUUACUUACCAGAAAGAAGAAUUUCUAGAAAAUACAACGUUUGGCCAAUCCUGG